CCUCCGCGCCUCCCCCGGCUCUGAACUCUCUUCCUCUUUUUUCCUCGCCUUGCAAAGCGCAGGCCAAGAUCUUCGCCGCUGCAGGGAAGCUGCGCCGCCCGGGAGCCAGAUCGCCGACGCCUUCCCCGGAGCGCGCCUGCCCCCCGGGUCUCCUUCCCCUUCUCCGGCGCCCGGGCACCCCCGAUGGCUCCUCCGCCCGCCGGCUCGCCCUUCCAGCCAAGGGGGGCGAGGAGAAGGGAGCCCCCCAAGUGACUCCCAAGCUCGCCCCGCGGUCCAGUUGUCUCCCGAUGUCCUGCUUCCCCGUGGCUGGCCAGCAUCCGUCUCUUUCGGGAAGGAGGCGAUGAGCGCGGACUUGGACCGCCUGUCGGUGGCUUCCUGCACCUCCAGCGCCUCUUCCUCGCCCUCCAACUCCUUCGACGGCGGGGGGGCGCCCGGGGCCGGCAUCCGGCUGCUGUCGGCCAACGUGCGGAAGCUGCACGGGGCGCUCAACCUGCUGCUGACCGAAGCCGAGCGCGAGCAGUUCAUCCACUGCCUGAACGUCUAUCACUGCCGGCGGAAUGUCUACGACUUAGUGCAGACGCUCCAAGUCCUGCUGGACGGUCCGGAGAAGAGGCAGUUGUUACCCAUGCUGCGUUUAGUCAUUCCCCGCUCGGAUCAGCUCCUCUUCGACCAGUACACCUCGGAGGGGCUUUACUUGAAAGCCGACUUCUUGCCCGCCGCUGGGGCAGGAUACGAUGGCGCCGGGUCCUCCAGAGUCAGGCAGGUGACCCUGAAGAGGCAGAAAGCUCAGGAAGGCUUGGGCUUCAGCAUCCGAGGGGGCUCCGAGCAUGGAGUUGGCAUCUACGUCUCCCUGGUGGAGCCCGGCUCGUUGGCAGAGAAAGAGGGCCUUCGGGUGGGAGACCAGAUCCUGAAGGUCAAUGACAAGCCACUGGACAAGGUGACUCAUGCUGAAGCUGUCAAGGCACUCAAGGGCUCCAAAAAGCUGAACCUGGCUGUCCAUUCAGCGGGUCGUAUCCCUGGCGGCUACAGAACCAACCACAUCUAUACCUGGGUAGAUCCCCAAGGCCGGAGCGUCUCUCCCCCAGUCGGUCUCGUUCAGCAUCAGAGCAGCUCUUUGUGCAAGGGGAGUGAAAAGAGAAGCCACCUUCAACUUCUGCAGGAAGGGGAUGAGAAAAAGGUCAACCUCAUGUUGGAUGAAGGGCGAUCGCUGGGCCUCAUGAUUCGAGGGGGAUCAGAAUAUGCCCUUGGGAUUUACAUCACGGGUGUAGACAAGGGCUCUGAAGCAGAAAACACCGGCUUGAAGGUUGGGGACCAGAUUCUGGAGGUGAAUGGACGAAGCUUCCUCAACAUUUCCCAUGACGAGGCAGUGAAACUCCUGAAGUCAUCUCAUCAUCUCAUAAUGACCGUCAAAGAUGUGGGGAGGCUGCCUCAUGCUCGGGCCACCGUGGAUGAAACCAAGUGGAUAACUCCCAGCUCCCAGAUUGGAGAGACGAUGGUCAAUUCAGCAGGGGCCUCUGGAGAUCCUGUGGGAGAGAUGACGCCAAAGCCAUCUUUCUACAAAGGCCUCGCAGGAUCUCAAGUAACAUUGUGUAGCCUGGUGAACCAAAACCGUGUGAUGCUGGAGGAACAUGCACGCCACCUCCUGAACGAGCCCGAGAGAACCACCAUGGCAUACUACCUGGAUGAAUACAAGGAGAACAACAUCUCAAUUGAUUCCCUCAUCAUGGCUCUCUUUGAACUGCUCAACACCCAUGCCAAGUUCUCCCUCCUGUCAGAGGUCAGAGGGGUGAUAUCUCCACAAGACCUCGACCAUUUUGACAACCUGGUUCUUAAGAGGGAAAUAGAAUUCAUGAAGGCCCGGCAACCCUCGGGGACAGGAACGGACUCGUACUCCACAAUGUCCUACAAUGAUUCUGCCUCGUCUGCUGAAAGCCAUUUCACAUCUACCACAGUCAGUUCAGCUCGGGAGAGACUCUUGUGGCUGAUUGAUUUGAUGGAG